CCCUGAAAACCACGAGGGAAAGCAGACGAAAGCUGGAGGAGCGGUGUGGUUGCCACGGGUGCUGCUGCUGCGUGCAUGCAAGAAACGUGUGCGCGCUUUGUUCAUUGUAGUGUGUGUGGAUUCAAGUGACCAACGUCCAGCAUGGCGUUAGGAUACCAACUGGACGAAGACCGUGAUGUGAGCCUUGCAGCAGAGUGCCUCGUGGCAAUGUCGAACGCAAGACCUCGAGGUCCAUUCUCGGACUCUGACCGGCGCAGCCCGGUAUCUUUGGUGACGACGGAUGGCAGCAGUGACUGGCCACGAGAUGAUGACCCUGAACUCUCCGGAUCAUCGGUAUACAUGAUCGCCAGGAUCUUGGCAGACUUGACACGCAUUCCGCAGGAUCAGCCGGUUAGGCCUAGAGUGCGCGCCGCGAACAAAGCAGGCGAGGCCACACCCGGCGUGGCAGUUCGGACCCCGGGCUUGAAGAAGAUACACAUGUGCACCUACGUGGGCUGUGAUAAGGUCUAUGGGAAGAGCUCCCAUCUCAAAGCUCAUCUUCGAACGCAUACGGGCGAGCGGCCCUUCCCAUGUACGUGGCGGGAGUGCGGCAAACGCUUCGCGCGCUCCGACGAACUGGCCCGCCACCUGCGUACCCACACGGGAGAGAAGAAGUUCGCCUGUCCCCUGUGCGGGAAGCGCUUCAUGCGUUCCGACCACCUCAGCAAGCACGCCAGGAGACACCCUGACUUCAGGCCACACAUGCUGCUCAAUGCCACAGCACCUCGCACACAACAGCAGAACACCAGAUCUCCGUGAGAGAAACUGCAACUGUGCCCCACUUUAUUCCAUGGAUACGUUAAACGGGGGAUAACGCAGAUAGGUUAUCUAUUUUUUAUUCGGCUGUUCCAAACGCGCACACUUCCUGGGACCUCGACCAGCUCAGUUGUUUACGGGGACAGACUUGGGGAGGUUUUGUGAUGUCCCUGCUUUUGACGAGUUUUAGGGCGGACCCCUGGAAAGUCGGCCUGGUCACCUGCUGCGAAUGUGUAUUCUCAUUGUUAAAUUCUCAUUGGCACGAAAGCAGCACGUGAUGAUUCAGGGUCCAGGAGACGGUGACUGUGCAGUUUUACCUUGCAGGGAUAUUAAUGUUCGUAAUUUCAGUUAGGUCGCUGAGUGUACCUGUCGAUGGGAUAUUCCAUGCAUAGUGUGGAAUUAGAGCAUUUGCUUUUGUUUGUAACCCUUUUAGAUAGUUCCUUUAUGUAUGAAGUAUCUGUUACACCUAGUUUUAUAUAUGUGUGAUGUAAAUAUUGUAAAGUAUUUCACUGAGCAUUUUUGUGCAUUACAUUCUAGGUUAUAUGUGUUCUAAUCUGUGUGUGUUUUUUUUUUUUUUUUUCUUGUAUAGAGGAUGCAACUGCCAAAGUGUACUUACUCCAAUGUGUACAUAUGUAAAGGUAAAAUGUAUAAUGUAUAUCUGUUCCACAUGUUAGUUAUCAUUAAAAGAGAAUACGGCAAUAAAUGUUUUGUUUUAGGACAUGACAUACUGUAAUGCAUUAAUGUCUGUCUUGUGUUGCAUAUAUUUCUUUCUAAAUGUUGAGCCUCCUUUGGAUGGGUUUCACAUUGAAGUCAAUUGUUUUGUUCCAUAUUGUGUUGCAUGUGUAUAAAUCAACUAAAGAAGAUAAUUAUUGGGUCGUUUGUUUUAUUUAUGCGUACAAUAAAGUUUUCAACGCAACAUA